GAGUGCAAUUUGUUUUGAUUAUAGAAAUUUUCAUAUAUUUUUAAACUGGAAUAGAACAAAAUUUUAAAAAAUUGUCAUUAAAGAAUAACAAGAAAUACAAAACGACGUGGAAAAUAAAUUGUAUAAACAACUACAUAGUGGUCCAACCUUAGAUUGUUAAUACUCAAUACAUUGGAUAGCUGACUUAUUGGGAACAACUUGGGGACGUGUACACGCAAUGGCUUUAGCACGUUUGAAACAGGAAUAUUUACAUUUGAAACGAGAUCCAGUGCAAUAUAUUACAGCCGAGCCCUCGCCCGCUAAUAUUUUGGAAUGGCAUUAUGUUAUCAAAGGUCCAGAAGAUUCGCCAUACUAUGGUGGCUACUACCAUGGCACACUGUUGUUUCCACCCCAAUAUCCGUUCAAAGCGCCUGCAAUAUUCAUGCUUACACCAAGUGGUCGUUUCAAAAUAAGAACACGAUUAUGCUUAAGUAUAUCAGAUUACCACCCAGAGACCUGGGACGCAUCCUGGCGUGUCGGUACAAUAUUGAUGGGUCUAUUAAGUUUUAUGAUGGAAAGCACUCCCACUAUAGGCUCCAUUGAAACAGGACUUUCUGAAAAACAGCAACUAGCCAAAAGGUCGCUAGCAUUUAAUUUAAAAAAUAAAACUUUUGUUGAAUUAUUUCCCGAAAUUUGCAAAGAAAUCAAAGCAAAACUACAAAGUGAAAAAGAUUUAAAAUUGAAAGCAACUAAUGCUGAAAUAACUGAAAAAGGGGCUGGUACCAAUAACACCAACUUGAAAAGUGAAGAGAAUGUUAAGCUGGAAACUGCGACCAGUGGUGAAAGUGGUAAAACAAAUGCUGCCAAUCAAACCAAUGUGGAGUUGAGAACUGAAAAAGAGUUACAGCUAAGUACGCCGAGUGUUGCAUCGGCUAAUAAUGAUGAUGUGGCCAACGGUGCAAAUGGUAAACCGAAUGUAGCCGCCAGUGGUGACGUUGAAAGCAGUAGUACGAUUGUUUAAAUAGCGUCGCCAUAAAUGAAAAUGGCUAAAAAAGGUUAGAAUCCUGAAAUAGGUGUAGUAAUAAUAUUGAAAAUUUUGUAAAUAAAAAUACAUUAAUACAUAAUAAGUUUCAUUAAUUAUUCAAUAUAAUAAAUUUCUAAUUUAUUGUUUAAUAAAGCAUUAUCAAUUUUAAGUA